AGCACGCCGCCCGUCAAAUAUAGACAGGCGAAUGACUGCUGAUGGGUAUGGCGAGGGUGAAGAACAUGAUGUCUAAGAUGCGGCACGAGUAGAUGUCGAGGACGAUCUGGGUGGUAGUGGUGGUGGUGCAAAGUGUAGUCGGGAAGUCGGGAUCUGGGCUGGGCCGUGCUCGCGAGAUAUCUCUGAUCUGGACGAGUACGUGUAUCUCACUCAGCCUCACAGGGCACACAUGUCGAGCUGAGCGCCGCGCAACCUUCCAGCUGUACCGUCCGGGAUGCCACGGGAUGCUUGUGCGCGCUGAAACAUGGCGAGCACGUAGAAUGUUUAAAGGAGAGUCAGGACCUUGCAACCCACAAAUUGUUUGCAGCCACACGGCCAGAUUUGGGAAGGGAACCUGGCGCAGCGCAUCGGAAGCCUGGUAUGAUCUGCGUCGCAGCCGACGCUGAUCAGACGUCGAGGGGGGACGCCUAGCUGGUGGUAGGCGAGUACAGACUUAUAUUUUGGCAGAAAUGGAAGCCGUAUUGAUAGAAAAACAAGCUCCCCUACGGUGUUAGAAGGAAAUAUCUCGAGGAAUGAAUGCAUGCUGUUGCAGAAACAAAAAAAUAGUCACGCGACAGCAGCAUGCACGCGCGCGAGCGGGCGGAAGGGGAUCCGCCAAAAAUGGGCUCCACCGGCCCUGACGUCUACCCCAUAAUUCCGAUUC